AUGUCUAAAGCGUUAGUCGAGAAGGCUAUGUUAAACAUCGAGUAUUAUAAUUAUUCUUUUCGCUAUCGAGUUCUACAUUUUCUAAACGAACUUUUGCAAAUUGCCAGCUUUAUCUGUCCGACUGCAACUUCGACAGAAAUGCGGGGAUCUAUUAGCACACAUCCUUAUCUGACUGCUUCACUUUCUCGUCGAUUACAGACGCUCAAUUUGCCCUCUUACUCCAGCAACUGCGUACGAGCAAAUGAAACAAGCGAUCACCUUAUUGAAAGUAAUAGGAUUAAAGGUCUUGUAGCUUGUCAACUUCUUGCAAAUGUGCUUCUCAUUUCUUGCGAAUCAGAAGAUCCAAUAGAGCAUUCCGACUUCUUACUACUGCGAUCACGUGCUUUACGUGGCUUGUCGCAAGUUGGAGCAACAAUCGGUGCUGUAACGGUAAUAGAAGUAAUUGAAGAUGUCUUUCGCAAUAUCGACAACACUUCUGACUUACCUUAUCGUCUCUUGUUUCGACUGGCUGAGGAUUUUCGUGGAAGGCCAUCAGAAGCUCUGGAAAUUGGAGUGAGAGCGUACACAGCGAUGUGGAGCUAUUUUCAUUGCGGCAACGAAACAAAAGUUGUAAGGUCUACACCCAGUUUCUUCGCUCUUCUUCUUCGUGGCGCUCACUGCAUGGGUUCCUCGGCUAUGCAACUUGAUCUUGAUGCGACGCCAUCCGGAGAUGUGACGGUAUCGUUUGAAAAUACAGACCAUGUGUUGCGACUUGUAAUGGAAAAGUGGGAAGAUGCUCUUGUGAUCUUUCAUGUUGUCGCUGAGUUGGCGAGAGUAUACGAAGGACGGCAGUGUUGUGUCUGUACUCAAAGUGAAGAUGUUGGGUCGAUUGAAUGUACGAGCACGCUACAACCACGAAGUUCGCUUAUUUCCCUCAGUCGAGCUAACGGAAUACUUUCUUCGGUCUUGAAUAGGUGCAAGGCGGUAAUUCUUGCUACUCUGGCGGAUACUGACCACCGUUCUUGGAGAGACUGUCAACGUUCUGAUCAGCGUAUAGUCCAUCGUCCUCUGACGGAUAACGACUUUCUAUGUUUGAAGACAAUUAUUCAAGCACUUCCGGAUGAUUCCGUAGACGUGAAGUCUCUGGCUUCUCAUUCUGCGUUUGGCAACAGAUUUCGGCGAGAUGUUGACCCAAAUUUCGAGGAUGUGUGUCCGUUUGAGAGCGACUUUCCUGUACUAACGAACUGCUAUGAAUCCUAUUAUGGGCAACUAAUACGUAGCAAAUUGCUCAGACAUUACUUGUUUCCGAAACCCUAGUUUUAUACUGAAUGACACGUAAAUGUAUUUAUUAAUAAUUAUAAGAGAGUUUC